GUUGUUAUGAAUCCGGGCAAACCAAGCAUCGACGAUAAACCCGCCCAACAAGUGCUACAUCAACACCAACGAAGCCGACAUCAAAUCACGCGCGGAAGGGCCGCCCAAUAGGCCAACCUACAAAUGAGCAAGUCCAGCCCAAACGACAGCCCCGCCCCAGAUAAGCCGCCUCAUCAACCACCACUGCCGCGGCUUGAGCCUCACCUUCAUCAUCCUCAAGCGCAAACACAACCCGUCAAGCGCACUCGCGUGCUCCUGUCCUGCGGCCCCUGCCGCGCCUCCAAGCUCAAGUGCGAUCGCCUCCAGCCAUGCAGCCAGUGCGCCAAGAAGAGCCGCCCGGACCUGUGCGUCUACGCGCCCCAGCCGGUGAAGAAGCGGCCGCCGCGGCGGGGCAUGUCGGCGCGGCUGCAGCGCCUCGAGGGCAUGGUGCGCACCAUGCUGGAUGAGGGCGGCGGCGAGGCCAGGCCGGGAGCAGCCGAGGCAGGCGGAGACACGAACACGCCGGCCGUCAAGGGAAACGUGGUUCACGGGGCAAGGGGGACGACGACGUACGUGGGCGCCACGCACUGCAUGGCCAUGCUGGAAGAUAUCAAGGACUUGAAGACAUACUUUCAGGACGAAGCCGAGGAAGACGAUGAGAACUCCCCAACCGAUGAGCUCGAUGCUCCAGAGAUGCUCCUUUGGUCCGCUGGAGGUCCCAAAGACCGAAAUGAGUUGCUUGCUCAGCUUCCUGAACGGCACGUCGCGGACCGCCUCAUCACGCGCUACUUUUCUGCCAUGAGCCCGUCACAACAUGUCGUCCACCGACCUACUUUUACCCGAGCUUACGCCCGCUUCUGGCAAAACCCAGACUCCGCCUCGCUCCCUUGGAUCGCCCUGCUGUUCAUGGUCCUCGCCCUCGGCGUCUUCUUCAACAGCCAUGCCGCCCCCCACGAGCUCUCGGCCGACUCCUCCCCGUUGCCCGUGCAGGGCCGCAUCAAGCAUUACCGGUCCUGCGCGGGAUGGGCGCUCGUUUGGGGCCGGUACGCGCAGCAGCCCAGCUUCGAGACGCUGACGGCGUUUGUUCUCUACGUCGAGUCGCACUUCAUGUUCAACCGCGCGGCGCAGAUGAGCUGUUACGUGCUCAGCGGCGCGAGCCUCCGCCUCAUGUUCAAGAUGGGGCUGCACCGGGACCCGAGCAGGCUGCUGGCCGCCGACCUGUCGCCGUUUGAGGGGGAGAUGCGGCGCAGGAUGUGGAACCUGGCCACGCAGAUCGAGCUGCUCGUCGCCUUCCACAUGGGUCUGCCGAGCAUGCUCCAGGGCGUCGAGACGGACACGGCGCUGCCGCAGAACCUACAGGACGACGAUUUCGACGAGGACUCGGCCGCCCUGCCCCCGGGGAGGCCGGAUACGGACCACACGCUCAUGACGUACCCAAUUCACAAGAGCAAGAUCCUCAGGGUGUUUGGUCAGAUCGCGCGGCUGGCGCACGCGCUCGCGCCGCCAACCUACGCCGAGGUCAUGAGGGUCGACGGCCUCCUGCAGAAGACGUGGGGAGAGCUGCCGCCGUUCAUGAGGGUGAAGCCGCUGGAAGAGUGCGUCGGCGACUCCCCGCACCUCAUCAUCCAGCGGUUCGGCCUCGCCGCCGUCUACAACAAGUGCCGAUGCGUGCUGCAUAGGCGCUUCAUCGCCGAGCCGCACCUCCGCCCCGAGCACGACUACUCGCGACAGCAGUGCUUCGACGCCGCCCUCAGCCUGCUCCGUUACCAGCACGUCAUCUGGACGUCGUGCAAGCCGGGAAACGUCCUGAGCCAGAACGGCUGGUUCGUCUCGUCGCUCGCCAUUCACGACUUUUUGCUGGCCGCCGUCAUCGUGUACAUGGUCAUCAAGCACGACGGCUACGGCGACAGUGGCGACGGCGGCGAGGGGGCCGCCAAGAACAACAAGACUCACUGGGUCAAGGACGACCAGCCGCUGCCAACAAAGGACCAUCUGAAAUACGUCCUGCAGCGUUCUCAUGCCAUCUGGUCGGACGUUGCCACGGAGAGAGAGGAGCUCCGCAAAACGGCCGACACACUGGCCACGAUCUUGGCCAGGCUGGGCGCUCCUCCGGUCGGCCGGCAGCACGCCAGCUUUGUCGACGCGGCGCAUGCGCCAGUGGGAGUGCCGGGCUCUGCCGAACCGGUCCACUGGAACCUCGCCCGUGCCAAGUACUACCCGUCAAAGCACUCCAUCAGCGGCUCGGAACCUCUGUCAAGUUUAGAGUCUGCUUCAGGAGCCGACUCGGAGGGAUCUAGGCUUUCGGCCUUUCCGUCGCUCGACCAACAAGCAGCGCAGGUCACAUCGAGCAUCAACAGCGAAGCCAUGGCCGGCGCGGACCCCGUGCCGGGCGAGUUCCCACGCAGCCCCGAGUUUGAGUUUGAGUUUGACGUGCCGUGGAUGUCGGCCGAUACCAUGGACUGGCGUUACCUUGACAUCUCCUUGGCACAUAGCCACACGGCGGGCGCGACAGCAGAGUCCGGGUCCGGCCAGACGUGGAUGGAGAGACUGCCAUUGGACGAUCUCGAUAUGAUGGGGCCAGCGGACUGGAAUCAGCAAUCCGGGGAUGGGCACCGACCCUGAAUCUGUGUGCGUGUGUGUGUGCACAAACUAAGUUAUCACCGUCUAGUACUGUACGUGCGUACAGUAUACAGUCGUACGCAUAUACCCUGCCCGCUCCCGUGUGGAGGGGACGUGGAGUGCUGGGCCUUCGUUUGGAAGAGGAACACAGCGGCUGUUUUUUGUCCAACACUGAACGUGUCAACGCAACGGGAACGAAAGGGGUAAAAAAAAACGACAAAGCUUUGACUGGCUGUUUCGAGACUCGUCGUCUUUCUGUUUCUGAUGAGGCCCGCGACGAGCGAGGGGAGGGAGCACGGUCGACCGUGGUGCCGUCGGCUCGGCUCCGGGCGCGGCGUACGGGAAAGCCGUGGUGUCUAGUUUAUUAGGGGAUGAGUGUGUCGUGCCCCUGCCUGAUACUGCGCAAUGCGGCACGAUCCGAUCAGUCAGUCAAGCACGUACACACGUACUACAUACGCACAUACGUACGGCGCAGCACCUGCGCUGUUCGACACAUGCAAAUACAUGCGUACGUACUUGCCGAGAGCAUGGCCCGGGAAAACCUGGAUCUAGCUACGCACGUAGCAGCCCUCCAUGGGGAUCAGCGGAGAGCCAACAACAUUAUUACCUACUCUGUACCUGGUACCAGUGUGACGAGAUAAGCCGGAGAAGAGGAGGAGGAUGGUAGAGUCCCGAGCGGGCGCACGAUAGCCGCUGUCUUUGUGUGAACUUCUG